AUGGAAAAAGAUAUAUGUCCAAAAUUUGAUCUUUUGAGGACGUAUUUACCUGAUAAUUUAGGUGAUGUAGCAAAAUCUGAACUUAAAGAAAUUAAAGAAUACAAAGAUUACUGCCCUGAUGAUGACUGCAAUACUGAAAUCGAACAAAUUACGAUUGGAUUUUUAUGGUUACUUGGAAAAUGUUAUUAUGAAUUCAAAAGUAAAAGUCAUAAUAAUACUAAUGCAUUUUUUAUAUAUUUGGUUUCAUGGUUAAGUUACAAAUUAAAUCAAAACAAAGGGAAUAAUUUCACCACAAUAAACGAUUUUUUUACUAAUAAUGUAAUUAGUAAUGGUAAGUAUAGUAAAUUUACAAAUGAAGCCUUUAAAAUUUCAGAUCUUGACGAAUUCAUGAAGGAACGAACUGAUUUGCUGAAUAUGAAUAUUAAAGAUAUGUCUAAAUUUUAUGAUGCAUUUAAAUUAUUAUGUAUUAUGUAUGAUAAUUAUUCAACGAAUAAAGAUAACAAGACACUGUUAAAUAGUGCAAACGAUUUUGUUAAAGUAUAUGCAAGUCUUAACAAUGACCGUAAUAUUGAAGAUACCGUACGUAAUAAAAUAUUGCCUGUUUUAUCAACUAAUUAUGAUCAUUUUAAAAAUAAUUGUAAUAGAAAUGGUGUUAAAUGUAAAGAUUUUCUAUCCCUUUCAGAGAUAGAAACAAACUUAUUUGCACUAACAUCUGAAGACACAUCAAGUUCAUCGACAGGAAAUAAAUUAUUUACAGUUUUAUCGAUAUUUGGUGCAAUAGCAUUUUUUUUAGGAAUCUCUUAUAAGUAUUCGUUAUUUGGAUUUCGGAAACGAUUUAAAAAACAACAAAUAAAAGAAAAAAUAAAAAAUAUAAAGAAGAGAAUGAAUCAUUAA